CAUAGCUUACAAUUUACAACCUCCGCACACACAUUACCAUUGGUACAUUAUUCCCUUCUCUUCUCUGUCUACACAAACUCGCUCACUCUAAUAAGUAGAAAGAAGAAGAAGAAGGAAAGAAGAUGCAGAUCUUUGUGAAGACUCUUACUGGAAAGACCAUCACUCUUGAGGUUGAGAGCAGCGACACCAUCGACAACGUCAAGGCCAAGAUCCAGGAUAAGGAGGGUAUCCCACCUGACCAGCAGAGGCUGAUCUUUGCGGGCAAGCAACUGGAAGAUGGGCGCACUCUUGCGGAUUACAACAUACAAAAGGAGUCGACACUUCACUUGGUUUUGAGGCUCAGGGGAGGAACCAUGAUCAAAGUGAAGACUCUAACCGGAAAAGAAAUUGAAAUUGACAUUGAACCAACUGAUACGAUUGAUCGAAUCAAGGAACGUGUUGAAGAGAAAGAGGGCAUUCCUCCUGUGCAGCAAAGGCUGAUAUAUGCUGGUAAGCAGCUCGCAGAUGACAAAACGGCAAAAGAGUACAACAUCGAAGGCGGAUCGGUGCUUCACUUGGUGCUUGCAUUGAGAGGUGGUGGUAACUAGUACUUUUUAAAAGUCACAUACACUAUGAUGCAUGGGAUUACACGAUGGAAGGAGCAAUACUGGGAGUUUGCAACUGGGCUCAAAAGAGUUAUUUAAUAAAAAGUGUCAUGUGUCUUUAGUGUUUCAUUCAUGUAUGUUUCAUUUGUAAUUAGAUGUUGAAACUACACAUUUCAAGUUUUUUUUGGUUAACUAAGUCCAAUUAAUUUUUUUAUAAA